UUGACGUGUAAAUUUCGUAACGCUACGAGAAUUUUUCACUUUCCAGAAAUGCCCUCCCACCACCGCUCGCUCUCACCCACUCAAGCUCACUCUCUCGUUCCCCUCUCACCCACCCGGCCACCCCUCUCUCGCUCCCCUCCAGAUCCCCGUCGUCGCCGGCCUCUCCUCGCCAUCGUCACCGCUAAGCCACCCCGCUUCCUCUCUUUCUCCGCACCAUCGAGCCACCCCGUUUCCUCCCACCGCCAGAAAUCCACCACCCGUAGGUCAAAAGCUUGAUUUUUUAGGCGCCGGCGAUGAGCUUCUGGCCGGCGGAGGCGCUGGAUCCGCGUGCUUCGACGCCGGCGACGAAGCGACAUGGAUCCGGGCGGGAUGCUGCUGGAGGACUUCGGGCUGUGGGUGGACCUGGUGCGGCGCAUCCGCGAGGUGCUGGCCAACUACCCGGAGGGCACCACCGCGCUGCGGGACGCCGGGAGCUCAUCCAGAACGCCGACGAUGCCGGGGCCUCGUGCGUCCGCCUCUGCCUCGACCGCCGCGCCCAUGGGUCCCGCUCGCUGCUCGCCCCCGCGCUUGCGCAGUGUACGCCAGCAACGACGCCGCCUUCACCGACGAAGAGUUCGCCAGCAUCCCCCGCAUCGGCGGCCGCAAGAAGUCCUCCCAGGCCUGGAAGACCGGCAGCAAGAUGGGCGCUAGCUACACUCUCUAUCGCUGCUGAGCUCUGCUUCGAGCUGCUGCUCUUUCAAUUUGAGCUGCGCUAGCUAAGCUCUUUCAAUCU